UUGCUUUUUCUUGCGAGAGGAUGCCCUCCACAACAAAAAAGAAAACGCAACGAUGGUGUUUCGUGCCAGGGUGCGAUGGAGGCUACAAAGGGUGUGCAGAUAAGGUAUCCCUUUUUCGUGCGCCGAGCAAUCGUGAGAUGUUCGAGAAGUGGGCCCGUGCAAUCCCCAGGGCGGACAAGCCACUCGAAGAAAACUCCGCUGUAUGCGAAAAGCAUUUUGACGAGAGAUUCGUUGUGCGUGCCUUUAAGCACCAAGUAAACGGCCAAGAGGUAUUGAUACCACGUGACAUCCCUACCCUGACGGAAGAUGCAUUUCCGACUGUUUUCCCUAACCUUCCGAAGUACAUCAGCAAGACUCUCCCAAAAGCAAGGAAAAGGCGGAUCACUACAUCACUCCACGCUGUGCCAGCAAAGGCAAACUGCAGUUCACAAAAUGAAGUCUCCCCUAGUGGAUCUGGAGAACUGGAUGGGACUCAAGAACACCAUCAUGAAGAACUCAACGGUUCUGAAGUACCGGCUAAGACCCAUCAAUGUCCUCACCGUGAAACACUUGCAGUGCCUGCAAGGGGAGAUUUUGCUCAUCAUUUGCGCUGCCCAUCUCAUCACUGGUACAAGCAGACACUUGAAAGUGGCAGCGUGGUGUCAUACCAAACUACCGUGUUUGACAAAACGAAAACACCGCCUGUCGAGUUAAGCAAGAUUGUUGUCUUCGAGCACGAGUCAACAAGGCCAUCUGUGAGGUGCAGCAUUUUCUUCUCUGGGCUGCUUCACAAGGUAAAGAAUGUUGAAUCAGAAGAAGAAGCUCAGGAAGCGCUUAACUACACAGAAGACACUUCGCUGUGUGUUGGCAUUGGGGGAACCACCGAGUUCCAGCUAUUGGACCAGAAGUUCAAAGGCAUCGCAUCACGACAGCAGUUGUUCUCGAAACACUGUGACGGAUCAGCACCCACAGGCACAGGUGGAUCACGUUGUUUGUCGUGCAAAUACAGCAGGAACCUUCUAAUGACACGCUUGCGGCGUAUGAAAAAGCAGCCCGCACAUCCAGUCAGCGUUUCGAAACAAAGACUCAGACAGGCUGUGCGAAGGCUAAGACGGAGGACCAAGAAAGUUCUUUCGUUACUUGACCGUCUCAAACUACUUCAGGAAAAGAAUGUCUCCAUCACUGAAGGGGCUCUUGAGGCACAGAUCAAAAAGCUUCCACAGAAACAGCAGUUCGCAGUGCGGGCCUGCUUUGAAGCAUCGCAGCGUAGAUCCCUGCGUGGGUACCGCUACAGCAAACAGUGGCUCUUGGAAUGCAUCAUCCUACGAAUGAAAAGUGCCCGUCUCUACGAGCAUUUAAGGCGUCAUAAGAUCCUGGUGCUCCCAAGCCGUGUCUGCCUCUUCAAGUACAUCAAGAAAUUCAAGGCAUCGUAUGGCUUCAGCCAACAGCUGUUGAAUUCAGUGAAGAUCAAGCUGCAAGGAAUGGAUGACAUGAAGCGACAUGGAGGCCUUGUCAUAGAUGAAAUUAAACUUUCGUCACACCUGGACAUGACUGCCUCUACACGUAUUGAAGGCUUUGUCGACCUCGGCCAGUUUUCUCAGGAAGUGGACAAGCAUGUUAGGGCGGACCAUGGUCUUGUGGUGAUGUUUCAACCAUUUAUUGGCAAAUGGACUCAAAUAAUUGGUGUCUUUGCUUCUGCCAGCAAUGUUAAGUCAAAGCUUCUGACAAAGAUUGUGGUUGAAGCAACACUGCUUUGUGAACAAGUUGGACUGUAUGUGGAUUACAUCUGCUCAGAUGGAGCAUCCUGGAACCGUGCCAUGUGGCACGACCUUGGCGUUCAUGGGUCAUUGAAGUCCGUGGAAUGCAAAGUUCUUCACCCGUAUGACGAGCAAAGAUUUUUGUACUUUAUGUCUGAUUUCCCCCACCUCAUGAAGUGUGUCCGUAACUUAAUGAUGAAACAUGGGUUCAACACGCAUGAAGGACGGGCUCACUGGGAACACGUUUCAUCGACAUGGAAGUGUGACAACAACAGUGUCACCUUCAAAGUGGCUCAUAAAUUGACUUGAGCUCACAUCUUUCCUGACGGCUUUCAGAAGAUGAGAGUUGACUUGGCUUUCCAGGUUUUUAGUCCGCUUGUUGUGCGAGCCAUGUCCUUCUAUGAAGAUAAGAUAGAGGCCCAAUACCCUAACCUUAGGCCGACCAAGGUUUUCAUCGCUCUGAUGGCCGACCUCAUUGAGGUCAUGACAUCAAGGUUCCCAGCUCAAGCACUCAGACCUGGCAGCGAAAAGGCGGCGGUGCUGGACAGAGUGCUGCAGUUUCUUGGCGCAUGGGAAGUGCACGCCGGAAGACUGGGUUUUCUCAGCACGAGCACGGCAGAAGGUCUCCGUGUGAGCCUGCACGCCACGAAAGACCUCCUUAAGUACCUGACCGAAAAAGUUGGGUUUUCCUUCCUGAUGACCUGCCGCCUUAGCCAGGACUGCCUGGAGAGGUGCUUUGGCAUCGUGAGGCAGUCGUGUGGAGCAAAUGAUCACCCGACGCCAGCCCAGUUUAUUGUGAUUAUGAGGUGUCUGGCGUUCUAUGGCUUGGCCAGGAGUCCUGUGGGAGGGAAUGUUGCACCUGACAUGCUCGAGUCCUUGCUUUCCAUGGAGGAGGCUCUACAGGAUGACGACGAAGAAGCUUGCCACUUGGAGGAGCCAUCAGCCUCGGCCGAAGUCGUCGUUGACCAUUUAGCAUACGUCACACAACACAGCGAUGCUCGCCUUGUGUACUAUGUCGCAGGAUAUGUAGCAAGGAAACGAAUUCUGCCAAGCUCUUGCGAGCUAUGCAAGUCGCUAUGUCUCGUGAGUAAGGAGGACGUGCCCUCCAACCUGCCAGCAGAAACCUGCAUAGAGUGGGAUCUUGGGGGGCUCCUGUACCCGUCCGAACCCCUGUACAGACUCAUUCAGACACUGGAAGACAGGCUGACAAGUGCAUUCAGCAAAGUGAAGCUCCAUGCAAAAGUGGUUAAAGAGAUUGUACAUGGCAUCGGGCGGGUUCCGAGCAUAGGCUGCAGCGAGCAUUCGCUCGACUUGACACAGACAGUUGUCAAGUUUUAUGCAAUGACGAGAGUGCAUUUUUUCCUGAAAGGAAAGAACCAAACUGAGAAUGAAAAGAAAUGCAAGAGGAAAAAACCAUGUGUCCUCUAAGUGCUUGCACUGUAGCUCUGUGAAAGAGCACACCUUGGGCGUGUUUUGUGAAU